AUGAAGAAGCUCUUGAAAGUAGCAAGUUUUGGGAUGUCAAGAUCCAAGAACAAGGGUUCUAAAGACAAGGCGGCUUCAAGUGAUGUUGCACCGCAGAACAAUCAGGAGGUGCAAAAAGCUUCUUCUCAACCUCCUCAGCAGAUUGCAAGUGUGCAGAAGCAAACAGUCCCUGCGCUAGAUCUUGCUCGGGCUGAACGACAGCGAGAUAUGGAAGAGAAAUCGAGUACGAACCAGUCCUACACCUCUGACAAGAUGCAUAAGGCUCAGAACAGCAGUCAGACAACGCAUGAAACUGCUGUACUUGCAGAGGAGAAGCUGAAGAAAGAUGCAGCGAGGAAGGAGGAGGCGAACAAUCAAAGAGACGAGAAUCUUGAGAGAGCAAUCAACGAUUCGAUGGAUUUCCUCGCCAAUGAGGGUCUCAACUCUCCUGGUCUUUUCAAGGAGAAAUGUAGCGAGCAACUCAAGGUUUCUGUGAUGCAGGCAAUCCUGGCAGGAAAACAAGUCGAUUUCAUCUCAAUGAACAAUGCAGCUUUGGCGACGACCAUACUCGAAGAGUGCUUCAUGCACAGUAGCUCUCCGAUCUUUCCUGUCAAGUUGUUGGAUCCCUUAUACGAAGCCAUGUGUAUCCAGGGGGUGAAGAAAUCGCAUGCUCGAGUUCAGAGCAUCCUCCUAGAAGCGAUCCAGACGAACACGCUCUCGCCCGUCUUCCUCAAUCUCCUUGGAUUGCUCAACCUUGUCGUGCAACACUCGGAUCAUAAUCACUUCACCUUACAUGACGCUUCCGAGCACUUCGCACGCUUCAUGGCGCAAGACAAGCAACAAGUGCUGUCGAACGGCGAUCGCAACGAGCGGGCAACUCAAGCAGCUGUCGUCCUCAAGGAGCUCAUUGAGCAUGUCUACACCAUGUUCCCUUCUCCCAACGCCCAAGAAGAGCCCUCAGCUGGCGCAGCAUCUGCCGAUCACCAGCAGGCAACCGAGACAUCUACUGCUGACGAUGAGGAUGCCGAGAGCAAGACCGAGGCGCUGGAGACGCAUGCCAACGAUAACCAAUGGGUUCACUUCCCUGAACCUGAACGCCCCUCACAAGAAGAGGAUGCCACAGCACCCGUGGAAAGUUUUGACGAGCAUAGAGAUGAUUCUCUUGUCAGCUCCAGCGAUGCUGGGCAAGACGUCGAGCAGUCGCUCAAGCAGCCAGCAGCGACGGGGGAAGAGGAUGCGCAAGAAGAGUUUGUGCCUGUUGACUUCACAGCCAUCGCCAAGUUCAACUAUGACGCCACUGAGAGCGACGAGCUGACGCUUCGGAAGGGAGACAAGAUCAAGCUGACGCAUCGAGUCUCGUGGGAUCAUGACACUGACCAGGGCUGGUACAUCGGGCGGAUCGGGGACAGGAGCGGGCAUCUCCCCUCAACGCACAUUCAGAUCGUUUACGAGGACGUGUUCGAGGACGAGGGGGCUGAGCCUAUGACUGAAGCGAUGGAUGCUGAGGCGGGGCCAGCAUCCGAGCCUCCCAAUCAAGGAGAAGCCUCGGGAUCUGACGAGCAAGACGCCAUGGGCGAGAGCGAAGCGCCCAGCAGUCAACGUCCUCAGCUCGCGGAUAUGCAUGACGAAGAAGACAAGGAGACAAGCGUCGACAUGGAGUGGAAUGAUGAUGGCAAGCACAAGGAGCUGGAAGGCAACAGCAAGACGGAGGAUGAAGAGUCGUUAGUUGCCUCGCUGUCAAAGAGGGAGAGCGAUAAGGAGUCGUUCGAACUCGACGCGAAUCAUCCGUCGCCCAUGGAACAUGAAGAUGCCGAGUCGCUCGAUCUUUCAAGAAAUCUACAUCUGGAUCAGUAUGACGUGCUUCUCGCUAGUGCCACAAGUGACGUCGAGGAGAGCCAGCACAGCAAGGAGUACGUCACGGCAACCCUUGAGCUUGUCGACGGAGCACAUCCUGAGAUCAGAGGGACGGAGGUGGGAGGGAAGGUGCCCCAGGAGAUCGCCUACUUCGACGACCUCCAACGUGAUCUCAUAGGAAGCCUCUUUGACGCGAGCUGCAGCCUCGAACAGAAGAGCUCGACCAACUCUGUGAUCGACGACAAGCUCAAGAGGGCCUGGAAAGACGCCUUGACCCAGUACGUGAACAAGAACAAGUCAAACGACAGGCUGCCCAAGCAGGAAGCAGCCCCGAACCCUCGGAGGCUCGUCAAAGCUGACUCCUUCUCUUCGAGCGUGAUGCGCAUGACCAAGAGUGCUCGGAUAAAAGACGAAGAGAAGCGAACGAGGAUCGAGCAGCUGAAGCAGCAAAGCGUGCAGGCUGCGAGCGCGAAGCAGGCAGCUUCUCUCAAGUCGCAGGACACGAAGAAACUCUCUCUUCAGACGGAGGUGUACUCCAAGACCACUCAGCGACCUCAGCCACGUCCCUGGAGGAACCCUCCCAGCGGGUUCAAGGCGUCCUCCUCCCAGAAGGUGCCCAGGUAUGUUGACCCCGACGUUGUCAUGGAGAGAUGGAGGAAAGAGUGGGAGGAGAAGGUCAUGAACGACCCGGACGUCAAGUUCCCCUCAGCGGCUGACAGCAGCAGCUACGCAGAACGUCUGCGGAGCUUCUCGCACUCGUUGGAUGGCUCUGAUGACAAGCCGGUGGAGCAGGAGGCGUCUACCUCGCUCUCGCUCUCGCUCUCUCAAGUCCAUCAGAUCCGUGAGAGUCAACGCGAGCGCAUCAAGGAGUACAACAGAGCCCUGGUGAGCACCCCGAGGCCCAAGUCUCGUCCUGCUACUUCCAGGCACAGCGAUGGAGGCUCUUCGGUCACGGUGGAGCAGCAGGCCGACAGACGGUCUGAGCGAGCUCGCUCGUUGAGCGCCGGGAGGGCUCGGUUAGAAGACGCUGAGGUCAGCGACGGGGAUCGAAAGCCCCGGAAACGAGAGCUUAUGAGCGAGAACGCUGCCGUCAGACACAUCGCUCGCCAACGAGCUGCCUGGGAGCGGCAACAUGAGGGCCGGUCGUCCUCGGUAGAGCCUCCCAGCAAGAACAGAGCUCCGGCUCCCGCUGAAGCUGCAGACAAGCCCAACCAGGCGACAGUGGCGGCGAGCAAGGCGUUGCGACUAGCAGGGACAGCAGCGAACGCGAAGCGGGGGAUCAAGCGAACCCCUGGCAAGUCACCCAAGGCUGCAGACGCUCCUGCGCUUGCCGAGAAGUUCCACAUGCUCGAGGCUCACCUUCAGCGAGUCUCUCCCAUCCAGUCUGCCUCGCUCAACUCCGCUGAGCCCUCCAAGGAGAAGCUGCCGAUGUCCCAUCCUCCCGCUGACCUCCCGGUCGACUACCUCUUCAAGGAGGACGCACCUGUCAGCGGCUUGCCACAUGUCGACCCCAGCAGCUCAGCCUCCAUCGCCAACCGAGCGAGUGGAUCUCAGAGGUUCUCCUCCAGCGCUGAUCUCUCCGUCACCGCAGUCCGUAGAGCAGACAAGCACGACCUGCUGAGACGAGACGACCGCAGGGGUCCAGCUCAGUCCCAGGAGAAGCUCACCUGGAGCGUGCUUGACGCCAGCUCCUCCUCCAAGGAUGACCCUGCCAGGUUUGCGCAGGAGGUGCAAAACCUCAUCGACGCUGUGGGGGUCGUCAGCCUCCACAAGCGCCCUCUAGAGCCUCUCCUCUCCCCUCCCGUCGCUGCUGGGCUCGAGCACGCCCUCCGCAAGGACUCGCAGUUUCUUGAUGGCCCCUUCCGGCCCCAGCUGAGGUGCCUGGAGACGGUAGGAGCGUUUUCGCUUCCCAAGGAGCCGCUUCCUACCCUCGUGCUGCCGUGCGGUGCUCUCAUCUGGCGCUCAGAUCGGGGCUGCGAGACGUACACGACCUUCCUGCCGGAGGGGACGGACAACGGGGUCUACCUGCACUGUUACUCGCGGUACCGGGAGGAGAUGAAGGAGGGGAUGUGGAUUCCCGAGGCUAUCUUCGUCGCCUCUCGCACUCAAUUUCAUGCCUCCAUCCUCUUCGCUCUCACUGCUUACGCCUCGAACUUGCCUGCCUCGGUGCCCUGGGACACGUCGCACGUCAAGGAGCUGAUCUCCAUCCUCGCCAUGCCUGUGCCCCUCCCCGGACAGCCGCUGCAUGUUCAGAUGUACAGUCAGAUCGUCCACGUCCAGCGCCCCUCCGCCAAGGAGCUCCCGCUGGCAGACAUCGACUUUGCCGUCCUCUUCCGCUGCCUGGACCUCGUCACCAUUCGCCGGGUCCUCCUCCUCCUCCUCCUCGGCGAGCCACAAUUGCUGGUUGUGGCAGACGAUGCCAGCGUGCUGUUCCCGAUCCUCGAGGCCUUGAAGCUGCUGCUCUUCCCGUUUGAGUGGCCCUUCACUAUGAUUCCUAUCCUCCCUAUCAACUUCUUGACCGAGCUUGACUCCCCCUUCCCCUUCCUCCUCGGGGUCACCAGACCUGCCCUUCCGCGAGGAAGAGUCCCUUCCAACGUGUCGGUGCUGGACACAACGCACAAGACUCUCUCCAUCCCCCCGGCCCUCAGUGCUCUCGAGCGCAGCAGCGCAGGAGUCGCUCUCGCCCGGGCCAUGGACGAGCGUCUCCUCGCCUUCGAAGAGCGAGUCCUCCACGUGCUCCAAGGACACGCCGCGUGUGAUCCAGCCAAGACGACCAACGACGAGAUCUGGGCUGAGGCAAUCACGGCACCUGGGACGUGGAAGUCUUUGAAUGAGAACCACGUCUCUCCGCUGCAAACUUGUGUAGAUGUUCUGAGAAACAACCUCCUGUUUGACCUCGUCAGUUUGGUCUUCCGCUUUCCUCUCUUCGUUCAGAACGCUGUUGACGACGAUGCGGUGAUGGAGAUCAGACAGAAGAAGCUUCUCCCUCCCAGCGGUACGAAUGUCGUCCAUGUCGACACAGCAGGCCUUGUCGGCGCGUCGGAGGAGCCGGAGAUCCUAGAGGUUCUCUGCCGGACUCGCAUGUUCAACCUGCUUGUCGCCAAGAGGAUGCCGUACUGGGAGGCCGCGUUUGGCCUCCGGACGAGAGGCAAGGGCGCGAGGAAGGCGAGAGCGGGCGACCUCGUGGAGACGUACAUGAGGGCGAGGCUGGAGGCGGAGGCACACGAGAUCGCGAACUUGGAGACGAUCCAGAUGUGUGGGUUCUUGUUUGUGCAGGAGGACAGGCGGCAGCAGGCAGGCACGAGUGUGCAGGGAGAGCGGAGCCUCACGCGAUCGGAGAGGAGCCAUGAGAGCGGCUGGCAGUUGAAGUGGUGCGAGCUGGACGGCCUCUCCUUGAAGAUGCUGGUCUUUCAGAGCCCCGCAGGUCCAGCUCCUUCAGUGGUCGGUGGGGAGGCGUCGGAGGACGAUGUGGUCUUCCUUCUGGAGGAGCGAGAGACUUUCAUCAACGCCUUCGAGGACCCGACCUCCUUCAACUUCGAGAUCUCUGUGAGAGGACAGGGCUCGGUGCAGGGGAGUGGGCAGGACGUGAUACGGUCACUUCGCAUCUGCGCCAAGGAUGCCGCGUCUCGAACAAGCUGGAUAAAGCACAUCCGAGCUCGAUGCAUGGGACCCGAGCCGCUACACAAGUUGGCAGAGAUGGUAGGAACUCAUGGAGGAGGAACAGACGCGAGCUCACCCCAGGGCCCGCGGCGAUGA